AUGAGUGAAAUUGCGGAACUCGCUGAUUUUACUAAGAAGAAUGUAAUUCAUCAAACAAAUUAUGAAAAUGUCAUCUACAAGACUACCUGCACGAUAUUCGGUGAAAAGAACUCUGUGCAGGGCGAGUGCCAAUUUACUCAUAGUAAACUGAUGUUUGUACCCAAAGCAUCGAAAAACAUGUGGUUAGCGCUUAUCCCCUGGCAAGGUAUUCUGAAAAUGACACAAGCAACUCGUAGAUCUUUGGAAAAAGGAGUUCAAUUACAACUUCAAAAUGAAAAGACGAUCAUGAUUACACAAAUGAAGGAUAGAGAUAUAUUUUGGUCCUAUGUACUUCUUCUUACUGAUGCAGUUAAAUCUGAAAAACCAUCAUUCGGACUUAUUCAUCGUGAUGAAACCGAAGUUAUGCGUAAGCUUACACUACUGAGAGCUCCUCAUACAUACGAAGAGCAAAUACCAGGUAACAUCGCUGAUAUUAUGAAGCUUGUUAAGAGUUCAGAAUUAUGGUCGGAAUUCUUUAAGGUCUGUGAGUGUUCUGAUGUCGUUAUUGGUAAAUGGAACAAGACAAAAGAUGGUAUUUCACGUUUAAUCCAGUUUAAGCAGCCUCUUUUCCAAUCUGUUCUCGUUCAAUCAACUUAUACUCUUAUGAAAUCAGGAGAUACGUUCACCCUUGAAUUAUUCAUGUCUUACUCGCGCUCAGCUCUUCAAGGAUUUCUUCAUAUACCUGUUCAAUUCUAUUUCAAGAAAACAGAUAAGGAUAUAAUGUUCAGAUACGCUUACUCUCUUGACUGGAUCAAGGAAACAUGGGAUAGGGAGUUCAUUGAAGCUGCUGUUGCUCGUCAUAUCAAGAUGGUUUACUUUUUCAUUAAAUCUAAGAUUACAAACACAGAAUUUAAGGAAGGUUUGUUCGAAGGACAAUGGAGGAAACAUCAAUCUUACGUUAUUGUCAUAUUAACUUUGAUUAUUUCCAUAUUAAUUGUAAUUUUCUCGCCAAAGAAGAUUAAUUGGUAUAAUGUUCUGGCGGGGUUCGUCGCGUUGUUCUUCUAUUUCAUUCUAUAA